AUGGCGUCCUGGAGGACAGUCCACGCUUGUUUGUUGACAUAUUUUUAAAACACUUAGCUAAUGGUGAAUUAGUGGAUUUGCAACUCCUACAACUAUGUCGAGACUCAUCGUUAAAAACCUCCCUAACGGGAUGAAGGAGGAGAGGUUCAGGUCGAUGUUUGCUGCCUUUGGCACCGUGACAGACUGCACCCUCAAGUUUACAAAAGACGGCAAGUUCCGCAAGUUCGGCUUCGUGGGUUUUAAAGCGGAGGAAGAUGCGACCAGAGCUCUGAAACAUUUCAACAAGAGCUUCGUGGACACAUCCAGAGUGACGGUGGAGAUGUGCAAAUCCUUUGGAGAUCCCACUAAAGCUAAAGCCUGGAGCAAACACAGCCAGAGUUCAGGUCCGGACAAACCCUCCACUCCUGCUGACCCUGACAGCAAAAAGAAAAAGAAACAGAAAAAGGAAAUUAACAGUGCACUUGGAAAUCUAGAGGAAGACCAGGGAUUCAAGGAGUUUCUGUCAGUACAUCAGAAUCGAAGCCAAGCACCAACCUGGGCAAACGACACCGCGCAGCGAACAACUGACCCUGACGGUGGACAGACAAAAACUCAGGGCAAAAAGAAGCCUGCUUCGGAUGAUUAUCUAAACUUUGAUUCAGACGAGGAAGAAGAAGAAGAAGAAGAAGAUGAGGAUGAGGAUGAGGAAGAUGAGGGUGCCACUAAAGAAGCACUGAAGUCUGGCCUAUCAGAUAUGGAGUACCUGCGCUCAAAGGUGGCAAAAACUGACGACAUCAUGGAGGAGAGUGGAGAGGAGGACGCUGGUGAUGGGGGUGAUGAAGAGGAUGAUGGUGGUCAUGUGCAGCACACAGACAGCGCGUAUGAGAGUGAGGAGAAGAAGCCGAGCAAAGCAAAGAAACCUGCCAAGCAAGAGACGGAGCCGACGACUGAGUUCACAGUGAAGCUGAGAGGAGUCCCGUUCAAUGUGAAAGAGCAACAAGUCCGAGAGUUCAUGACGCCGCUGAAACCUGCAGCGAUCAGGAUCGGAAAGAAUGAAAGUGGAAAUAGAACAGGAUAUGUAUAUGUGGAUUUGCACUCUGAGGAACAGGUGGAAAAGGCCUUGAAGAAGAAUAAAGACUAUAUAGGUGGGCGUUACAUUGAGGUCUUCCGUGUUGACGCCUUUGGGGGCAAAGGCAGGAGAGACAGAAAAGACAAAGAAAUUGACCGAAACUUCACCAGGAAGCUUAAGGAGGAUGAGGAGGAGGAAGAUGUUGCAGAGUCCGGUCGCCUCUUCAUCAGGAACCUUCCUUACACCUGCACCGAGGAGGAGAUCAAAGAGCUGUUUGCUAAACACGGUCCGAUAUCUGAGAUGCUCUUCCCUAUUGACAAUCUAACCAAGAGACCGAAAGGAUUCGCUUUCAUAACGUACAUGAUACCAGAGAAUGCUGUGUCAGCUCUGGCUAAGCUGGAUGGGCACAUAUUUCAGGGGAGGAUGCUUCACCUGCUUCCCUCCACAUUGAAGAAGGAAAAGACUGACUCAGAUGCUGGCGGUCCCGGCUCUUCGUCUUACAAACGGCAAAAAGAUGCUAAAAAUAAAGCUGCAAGUUCCAGCUCUCACAACUGGAACACCCUGUUUCUGGGCACAAGUGCAGUGGCAGAUGCCAUUGCUGAAAAAUACAACACCACAAAAAGCCAAGUCCUGGACCAUGAGUCGAAGGGAAGUCUUGCGGUGAGGAUGGCUCUGGGAGAGACACAGAUUGUUCAGGAGACUCGGCAGUUUCUUCUAGACAACGGUGUCAGUCUGGAUUCCUUUAGUCAGGCGGCAGCCGCGAGGAGCACAACUGUGAUCCUGGUGAAAAACCUUCCAGCUGGAGUGACGGCGUCAGAAUUGGAGGAGCUUUUCUCACCUCAUGGCUCUUUGGGCCGCGUGCUGUUGCCGCCCUCAGGCCUCACCGCCAUCAUCGAGUUCCUCGAGCCAACUGAGGCAAAACGUGCCUUCACUCGGCUUGCUUAUAGCAAGUUCCAUCACGUCCCGCUGUAUUUGGAGUGGGCACCUGUGGGCGUGUUUGUGGCAGCCAAACCAGAACCAGUAUUAGAAAAAGAGGAGGCACAGAAAGAAGAGAAGGAUGAAGAGGAGGAGGAGGAGGAGGAGGAGGAGGAGGAGGAAGAAGAAUCUGUUCCUGGUUCCACUCUUUUCAUUAAGAAUCUUAAUUUCAGCACAACAGAGGAGAAACUAAAGGAGACAUUCUCCAAAUGUGGCAAAAUCUCAUCCUGCACCAUCUCCAAAAAGAAAGAUAAAACAGGCAAGAUGUUGUCCAUGGGCUACGGUUUUGUUCAGUAUCACACAGCGGAGGCGGCACAGAAAGCCCUGAGGCAGCUGCAGCACUGUACUGUGGAUGAUCACCAGCUAGAGCUGAAGAUCUCUGAGAGAGCCACAAGGACUGCUAAUGUGUCUCGCAAAAAGAAGCAAGAGGAGAAGAAACAGACAGGAUCCAAGAUCCUCGUGAGGAACGUCCCUUUCCAAGCAACUGUCAGAGAAAUUCGGGAACUCUUCUGCACUUUUGGGGAACUGAAAACAGUCCGUCUUCCAAAGAAAGCAGCUGGUUCAGGGAAUCAUAGAGGCUUUGGCUUUGUUGACUUCCUCACCAAACAGGAUGCUAAGAAAGCGUUUGCUGCACUUUGCCACAGCACCCAUCUUUACGGGAGACGCCUUGUGCUGGAGUGGGCUGAUGCUGAGGAAACAGUAGAGACACUGAGACGGAAAACAGCCCAACAUUUUCACGUGGCCACCAAAAAGAAGCGAAAAUCAGAAGUUAUGGAGGGCAUUCUUGAGGCGAUGGAAACUGGAGGAGGUGAAGACAACUGAGUUCCCUGAACGCUGUUGUCUCUGUCACAGCUUUGACACGACUCUGACCAGUGCUCCUGUGUUUUCCUGUAUAAAUAGGACUCUGUGAACAAAAUACCGACCUGAGUGGCAUGUGCACAAUGAGCUGUUUGUAUUUUUUGUGGGAAAACCCCUGGAUUUAGUACAUUAUACAUGUUUUGUAUAGAAUAAUGCCUCAAAAAAUAAAAUUGGACGGAUGUCACUUUUUAUAAAAAAAAUGUAUUCCAUAA